GGCCACAGCUACAACUACAACAACAACUACAACUACAACUACAACUACAACGACAACUACAACGACAACUAGAACAACAACAACAACUACAACGACUACCCAGGGAAGAGUUACUAUUCCUGCUAAUGCUAAAUGGACACAAAACGGAGUGACUAUUGCUGGAGGUCACGAGGUUGGGAGUGCCACAAAUCAACUCUAUCACCCUCAAGGUCUCUUCGUUGAUGAUGACCAAACAGUGGUUAUUGCUGACUGCUUGAAUCAUCGUAUCAUGCAAUGGAAGAAAGGUGAUACAACGAACGGAGAAGUAGUUGCUGGUGGUAAUGACGUAGGAAAUGGAUUGUAUCAAUUGAAUGGUCCAACUGAUGUAUUAAUUGACAAAGAGACAGAUAGUCUCAUUAUUUGUGAUCGAGGGAAUCAACGAGUUGUACGAUGGUCUCGUCGUAGUGACACAACACAAGGAGAAAUACUCAUCGAAAACACCGAUUGUUGGGGAUUGGAUAUGGAUGAGCAGAAAUGUCUCUACGUCUCUGACACCGAAAAACAUGAAGUACGGCGAUAUCAAUUGGGUGAGACGAGUGGUACUCUCGUAGCUGGUGGUAAUGGUGACGGUAAAGAUAACAAUCAACUCGACCAGCCGAGAUAUUUCUUUGUCGAUCAACAACAGAAAGUGUACGUAUCAGACAACAACAAUCAUCGUGUAAUGAAAUGGACUAAAGGUGCAAAAGAAGGUAUUGUGGUUGCUGGAGGGCAAGGCGCAGGGAAUAAUCCGACACAAUUGUCUCAUCCUAAUGGACUUUUCGUUGAUACAUUUGGUACACUCUAUGUCUCAGACUCGUGGAAUCAGCGUGUAAUGAGUUGGACUCAAGGAGCAAAAAACGGCACUGUAAUUGUGGGUGGAACUGUUUCAGGAGAUGGAGAAAAUCAGUUCAAAUUUCCCUUCGGUUUAUCUUUCGAUCGACAUGGUAAUCUCUAUGUCGCCGAUUUUGAUAAUGCUCGUGUUCAACGAUUUUCUAUCGAAUAA